CCACUUCACAAUCAGUUCUCAUCUCAAGCUUUGUUCGAUAGCACGCACUCUCUUUGUCAUCAACUUCAGGUCUCCCUUUCAAGGAAACACCGAGUAUGUCGAUCAUCAGGAGGAGCAGCGUCUUCGAUCCCUUCUCCCUCGACCUCUGGGACCCCUUCGAUAGCUUCCAGGGUCUCUUCAACAAUGCCCUCUCUGUGCCGCGCUCCAAUUUUGCCAGUGACACUGCAGCCAUCGCCAACACCCGCAUUGACUGGAAGGAAACGCCGGAGGCUCACGUCUUCAAGGCUGACCUUCCCGGUGUCAAGAAGGAAGAAGUGAAGGUGGAGGUGGAGGAUGGCAGGGUGCUCAAGAUCAGCGGCGAGAGAUCCAAAGAGCACGAGGAGAAGAACGACAAGUGGCACCGCGUGGAGAGGAGCAGUGGUAAGUUCCUCAGGAGUUUCAGGCUGCCUGAGAAUGCCAAGGUGGAUCAAGUGAAAGCUAGCAUUGAGGAUGGUGUGCUCACUGUCACUGUGCCCAAAGAGGAGAUCAAGAAGCCUGAGGUGAAGGCCAUUGACAUCUCUGGUUAAUCAAUGUAACAAGAGAAAGCUUCAAAACUACUCUCGUAUGGUGUGUCCUUGCUUUGUGUUUUGAGGAUGAUGUAGUCGUUAAGUUAAUUGUGUCUUUGUGUGCUUGCUUGUCUUUUGUCUUUAAGAGUUGGUCUAUGCUUUGUGUAUGUUGAAUAUUAUCCUAUCCUCCAUGAAUAAUAAUAAUAAUAAAUAAAGAUUUGAGCUUUGUUU